AUGCCUAAACUUCGGGCACCAAAUUUCGAAUUUGUACCCGGCGGCAGGAUCCUCUGUAUGAAAUGCCGCAAUAUCUGUCCUUGCGCUACGUGUCGCAGGGACCGGGGUGAGAACGGGGAGUGGGGUAAUGGGUUGAAUGGUUUUUACGACUUGACGGUUGAGGCCAGGGAGGAAGUGCCGUUGAAGAAAAAGAACCAGAUCGGAUCAAAAGCUACGCUCAGGAAGUCGUCCCACCGCCACCCAAACCUUGCGGAUAAGGGACCAAUCGUGGGUGAUCGAGGAGUGAGUCACAAGCAUCGAAAUGGUCCAGAAAAUGGAGCCGAUUUAGAAGAAAUAAUUUGCUUGGAAAAAUCAUGGGCCGAGCUUACCGCUGGCUCGAGAGCGUCUACAGCCAAAAAACCGCCCGAUUCAAAUCGGGGACCGCAAUGUCCAUGCAAACAAAAACUCUGUGCCGUCGAGAAGCGCUCAGAUGAUGAGCGCGAUUGCACUGGGGACGAGACACCUAUCAAGUCCGAGCGCCGUUUCCCCAAGGCCGGUGCGACUGCGGAUAUGGCCUCAAUCCUGCAGAAGAAGAGAGAGAACUUGUUUGACUCGGAGGAUGCCCGUCUGGAGCGGCACGAGAGACGGCUCAAGCUUGAGUUCCGCGAACUCGAGCUCAGCAAGGCACGCGCAGAGCUGAAUCAAAAGAAUGCUACCGCCAAUGGGCUCGCAAAGGCUAAGAUGAUCCAAGACUUCUUGCGCUGCGGCUCGACCUUUGAAGAGGCCUUGAAGGCUACCAAAACCUGCCUUGGCCCUGCCACCUCUCAUAAAGUGACAAGUCACUCGAACUCCUGCAGACCUGAAUGA